CCGGGGCCCCGGCUGACGCGGCCGCUUCCAGCGCGGCGGCGUGAGGGGCGGCGCGGCCAGGCCGGCCAUUGGCUGUGCGCGGCGAGGGCGCGGCGGCCGUUGGCGGCCGGCAGCACGGGGCGGGCGGGGCGGCCGCGGCGUCCGAGGGAGGCCCCGCCGUCCUGGCCGAGAGGGCGGCCGGGGCGCUCGGCCGUCGUGCUGCCGCUGCGGCUCCUCCAUCUUGGCCUCGGCGGCGGCGGCUGCCGGGAGGAUGUGCCGCCCUGUGGCGGGGGGAAGAAGGAGGAGAAGAUGAAGCGGUACCGGCGGGCCUUGGCCCUGCUCUCCUGCCUCUCGCUGUGCUCGCUCGUCUGGCUGCCCAGUUGGCAUGUGUGCUGCAAAGAGAGUCCCUCAAGUUCAGCCUCAGCGUAUUACUCUCAGCAUGACAACUGUGCUUUAGAAAAUGAAGGUGGACAAGUCCAGAAAAAGGAUGAAAGAGAGGGAUCUAUCAAUGCUGAAUUACUGGGAAAAUCAGGUUCAGAUUUACCUAUUGCUCCGGAAGAAAAUGAACUAAAAGAUGACCACGUUGUGGAUACACAAAACACAAGAAAGUUGAGUGCACCUGUGGUUGAGACACUCCCUGCGGUUGGUUUACAUGAAGAUUCUUCCAGUGUAGUUGUUGAGAGUGAAAAUGUUGAAAAUAUUUCCAGUUCAUCUACCUCAGAAAUCACUCCAGUCUCAAAGCUUGAUGAAAUAGAGAAAUCUGGUACUAUCCCUGUAACCAAGUCCAGUGAAGCUGACCCGUCAGAAGCUGCUUGUGAAGCUCGUGAGGCCCUGGGGCUGAGCGCUGCUGCUGAGCAGCCUGCCUUCGCCAGCACGCCUGGGAGUCUUGUAGGUCAGCAUACAGAAAAUGUUUCAUCUUCGCACGACAAAGGAAAGAUACCGAAAUCGAAGUUAGAAUCAGAGGUUUCAGGAAGUGAGCAGGCUGAUGGCACUCCCAAAUCUGCCUUGAAUGCUUCAGAGAAUUUAAAAAAUGAGAGUUCUGAUUAUACAAAAUCUGGAGAAAUGGACCCUACAUCUGUGGGAAACCCUAAAGACCCGGAAGAUAUCCCAACGUUUGACGAAUGGAAAAAGAAAGUUAUGGAAGUAGAAAAAGAGAAAAGUUUGUCUGCAGGCCAGUCAAUGCAUCCAUCUCCUAACGGAGGGCCCCCGGCCGUGAAAAAAGUCCAGAAAAACCGGAAUAAUUACGCCUCGGUGGAGUGUGGUGCCAAGAUUUUGGCAGCCAAUCCAGAAGCCAAGAGCACAUCUGCUAUUCUUAUAGAGAAUAUGGACCUUUAUAUGUUGAAUCCUUGCAGCACUAAAAUUUGGUUUGUUAUUGAACUCUGUGAACCCAUUCAAGUAAAACAGCUUGAUAUUGCAAACUAUGAGUUAUUUUCAUCUACUCCCAAAGACUUCCUGGUUUCCAUCAGUGACAGAUAUCCCACGAAUAAGUGGGUCAAGCUGGGAACUUUCCAUGGUAGAGAUGAGCGGAACGUGCAGAGCUUCCCUUUAGAUGAGCAGAUGUAUGCAAAAUAUGUGAAGAUGUUCAUCAAGUACAUAAAGGUGGAUUUGGUUUCACAUUUUGGAUCAGAGCACUUUUGUCCAUUAAGCCUUAUAAGGGUAUUUGGCACGAGCAUGGUGGAGGAAUAUGAGGAGAUCGCUGAUUCGCAGUACCAGUCAGAACGCCAAGAACUAUUUGAUGAAGAUUAUGAUUACCCGCUGGAUUACAAUACUGUGGAGGAUGAAUCUUCAAAAAAUCUCCUUGGUUCUGCUACAAAUGCCAUUCUAAAUAUGGUAAAUAUUGCUGCUAAUAUUCUGGGAGCAAAGACUGAAGACUUCACGGAAGGAAAUAAAAGUAUAUCUGAGAAUGCCACAGCCACAGCUGCACCUAAAAUGCCGGAGUCGGCUCCUGGUUCCACUCCUGUUCCGGCACCUGAGUAUGUGACCCCUGAAGCUGUGCAGGACCCAGAGCCAUCAGCAGACGCUCCAAAAGAGAGUCCCAUUGUACAGCUUGUCCAAGAGGAAGAGGAGGAGGCAGGCCCCUCCACAGUGACCCUUCUGGGCAGUGGGGAACAAGAAGAUGAAGCUGCACCCUGGUUUGAGUCAGAGACACAGACGUUUUGUGGUGACCUGACGACAGUUUGUUGCAUUUCUAGCUUUUCCGAAUACGUUUAUCGGCGGUGUUCGGUUGGAGUGACUCGUUACCUUCAGCACAGCAGAGUUGCUGUGAGCAAAGGAGAGCCUCUGGCAUCAGCUCCACCACAGUUAGUACUUCCUGAAGAAACUGUGGAUGUUUCAGAAACACUGAGUCGAGAGUCGGACAGUGGGAGCGUGGACACGGAAGCCGAGACUGCAGUGCGUGGGGACUUCAGUGGCAUGCACCAAGGCGAUUCGAUGAAUCACACUGCACAGGCAAUUGAACUGGAACCGAGCCACUCUCAAACUCUGUCCCAGUCUCUUUUCUUGGAUAGUACUCCGGAAAUCAGCUCAUUAUCUCAAAUAGAAGUGCCUGAAUCUGUUAAACAUGAGACUGGACAUACACCGUCACAAGUGAUUCUUCAAGAAAGUUCUGUUGAGGUAAACAGUGAAACAGAAAGGAAGUCUGAGAGCCUCAGCCCUCUGGAGAAGCCAUCUGUUCCCCCUGAAACGAAGAAGGGUGGUGAGGUAACGGAUGGUGCCGUGGGAGCAGAUGCUACUUACGCCGUGCCGUCGGAACCAGUAGCGCCACCCGUGCCUACAGCCACUGUGCCGGACAGUGAAGGUGGAGAAGCCGGAAUGAACAGAGCCGACACCCCAAAGCUGGCUUUGACUCUUGGUGGGGAGUCUUCCUCCUUACCUGAAGUGAAAGAAGAAGAGCCUUCUCCAGAAGAUGCACUUUUAAGAGGCUUACAGAGGACAGCUACGGACUUUUAUGCUGAACUACAGAACUCUACAGAUCUAGGAUAUGCUAAUGGAAACCUUGUACAUGGAUCCAACCAAAAGGAAUCAGUGUUCAUGAGACUUAAUAACCGUAUUAAAGCCCUCGAAGUUAAUAUGUCUCUCAGUGGUCGCUAUCUGGAAGAGCUUAGCCAGAGGUACCGAAAACAAAUGGAAGAAAUGCAAAAAGCUUUUAAUAAAACAAUAGUGAAACUUCAGAAUACUUCAAGAAUAGCCGAGGAGCAGGAUCAACGGCAAACUGAAGCCAUCCAGUUGCUACAGGCACAGCUGACCAACAUGACACAGCUUGUUUCAAACUUAUCAAGAACCGUAGCAGAGUUAACCCGGGAGGUUUCCGACCGGCAAAGCUAUCUUGUUAUGUCCUUGGUUCUCUGCGGUGUCUUGGGACUCAUGCUUUGUAUGCAGCGUUGUCGAAACGCUUCUCCGUUUGGUGGCGAUCACAUUCCAAAGCUUCCCGAGGGUGCUCGGUAUCCAAGCCCCAAGAGGUGUUUCUCUUCCUAUGACGACAUGAGUCUGAAAAGAAGAACCUCAUUCCCGCUCAUCAGAUCCAAGUCACUCCAGCUAACUGGCAGAGAAGAAGACACAAAUGAUUUAUACAUAGUAGAACCGCUCAAGUUCUCUCCAGAAAAAAAGAAGAAACGCUGCAAGUACAAAACUGAAAAAAUUGAGACCAUAAAGCCUGCAGAUCCAUUGCACCCUGUAGCCAAUGGAGACAUAAAAGGAAGGAAGCCCUUUACAAACCAGAGAGACUUUUCUAAUAUGGGGGAAGUUUAUCACUCUUCCUACAAGGGUCCUCCGUCCGAAGGAAGCUCGGAGACUUCGUCUCAGUCAGAAGAAUCCUAUUUUUGUGGCAUUUCAGCUUGCACGAGUCUGUGCAACGGACAGUCCCAAAAGACAAAAACUGAGAAGAGGGCGUUAAAACGAAGGCGUUCCAAAGUCCAAGACCAAGGAAAGCUGAUUCAGACUCUGAUACAGACUAAGUCGGGGUCACUGCCGAGCCUGCAUGACCUCAUCAGGGGGAACAAGGAGGUCACCGUGGGCACGCUGGGCGUCACGGCAGUCUCGGGGCACAUCUGAGAGCACCUCACG